UACUUUCUGAGUCACACCCCGAACAUUGGGAAGUGGAUAAAGUAUUGUGGUGUAGAGAUGAGUCGAAUUCGCCCUAAAAUUAUUGUCUUUGUUGUAGAUAAACUAGGAGACAAGAAAACUCUCUAUAUUGUAUCACUGGCUACCGCUGGUUUCGCAGCUGUCGUCGUGUUGCUAAUGACGCUGGCUUCAAUUUUUCUGGGUUGCAAGCAAUGCUGUGGCUCAUCGGAUUGGCCGGAAUCGGUAACACGUUUUAUCAAGGCCUACACUAUUCUUGGUAUCUUGGCACUUGCCGCAAAUAUUGCUGCAAUGGCGAUUUGGACCAAAGGAAAAGGCGAAAAUGAUAAAGUGCUGCCAGGAUUCUACGUUGGAUGGGUAGGCAACGGAGUUCUUCUCAUACUGAUCAUCCUACUCCUAAGUCUUCGUUGUUGCUCGGGAACCUCUCACAGUCAUAAAGCAAAAUCAAAACCGGAGAUUUCUGAAUUACUUUAUCGCGAUCUCUAUCAUCUAACACCGUCAACGGUCUUUCGUGACCGACGCUAG